AAGCUGUCUGCUAGUUGAGCGUGGUGCCGGUGAUGGCUCUAUACUGUGUGCUGAGGUCGAUCAGAACAGAUUUUAGCAAGGUUUGUCUCUUUCAAAAUGUGCAGUCAGUCCAUACGAGCGCCGCACUUCUUAGUACACAAAAGGCCCUUCUACUAAAACUACGCAAGAGCACUGGCUACACCUUCAUCAGCUGCAAGAAAGCGCUGGAAAAGUUUGACAAUGACAUCAAACAGGCAGAGAGCUGGUUACAUGAACAAGCACAGAAGGAAGGCUGGAGUAAGGCAAGCCGAUUGGAGGGACGGCGUGCCAAAGAGGGCCUGAUUGGCCAGCUGGUGGGGGAUAGAGCUGCAGUAAUGGUGGAGGUAAACUGCGAGACGGAUUUCGUCGCCCGUAAUGAGAAGUUCCAGCAGCUGGUGAGAGAUGUAGCGUUCGCCGCCAUGGCGCACCACCAGGCGAAGACAGAGGGUCAGUCUGGAUAUGCAAAGAGCCUCCUGUCUGCAGAUGAACUGUCCAGGUUGAGUGUGCCAGCAGGAGGUUCCCUCUCAGAUCAGCUGGCCCUGACGAUAGGCCGUCUUGGUGAGAAUGUUGCCCUGAAGCGGGCAGUUUUCCUGGGGGUACCUGCUGACUGGCACAUUGGCUCCUACGUGCAUGGCCCCGUGUCCGGGCAGGCAGACGUGGCGAUGGGGCGGUACGGUGCGCUGGUGGUGUUCCGGGGGGGCCAAGGCAGCACGGAGACGCUGGGGAGGAAGCUGGGGCAGCACGUGGUGGGAGAGGCACCCCUCUCCCUGGGUAACAUGGAGGACCUGCCCUGCGGAGAUUCCGAAACCCGCCUGCUGGCCCAAAGCUUCCUACCAGACCCCAGUCGGACAGUCGGCCAGUACCUGACGGAGCAGGGGGCGCGUGUGCUCGAUUUCAUCCGGUUCCAGUGCGGGGAACAGAGCAGCAAUGAGGAGGAGUGAAAAAAAGCUGGGACUCCUCACCAUUACUACUUUUGCUUUCAGUGGGUCGGGGUCACAAGCUGUUUGUCAGGACUUUUUUUAAACCAUGUAGUUUUUUAAUCCAUGUAGUCAUGGAUUGCAACAUCAUGAUAUGAGAUGAAUUGAGUAUUGUGGAAAAGCUGUCAUGAUAGGAUCCUGAAGGGCUCCUUGUGUGAAAUGUGCACUGAGAAACAUCAAUGAACUUAACACCAAAUAAAAACCUACAUGUAAGA